GCCCGCUGGUGGGUGCGGGGCUGUGAGGGGUGAGCGGUUAAUUGCUGCGCGGGAGCUCCGCGCCGUGCGGAGCGCCUCUGGGCACCGCAGCGCUCUGGCUGAGCCCCUGCCUGAGCGAAGGGCUGCGGGGAGCAGGAGGGGCUGUGAGGGGCGGAGCGGCCGGGGUUUGCUGGGGGUUGGGCUGGGUCGGCCGCGGCUCGUGGGGACCGCGUCUCCGGGGUGGGCUGUGUGUCCCUGGUUGUGGGAAUGUGAGGCUGCUCUGGAGGAGGAAAUGGGUGCUUCUGGCCUGUGCUGAGCCGGAACGAGGUGGUCUGAGGCAAGCUGGUGUGUUAAGAAGAAAAGCCGCGUAGGACUAGAAAUACAAGGCUUGCCUACCCAGCAGUGCCUCAGAGUCUGAGGUCACCCUGAAGCAGGGUGUUACGGAGCGUAGCCUUCACCUUCCUCAUUUCUCACGUGUUGUUGGGCCGGCGGUGAUUAACCGAGGUCUCCAACUCUAGUUGCACGGCCUGGAUUCCUUUAGGGGUUUUCUUCUCACUGCUGACAGGUGACGGGACGAGGGGAAAUGGCCUCGAGCUGCACCAGGAAGGUCCAACUGUGUAUGUGUGCCCACUCAUCUUUGGGAAAUGUCCAACGUUUCCAGUUAUGCCCUUCGAAUGGCCCGUCUGAGUGCUCAGAUAUUUGGCGAAGUUGUCAGGCCAACUGACUCCAAAUCCAUGAAAGUUGUAAAGUUAUUCAGUGAGCAGCCCAUAGCCAGAAGGAAAGAGGUGUACGACUGGUAUCCUCCUCACAACACUUACUAUGCCCUCAUGAAGAAACUCCGUUUUCUUGGUCUCUACAGAGAUGAGCAUCAAGACUUCAAAGAGGAGAUGAGGCGAUUGAAAAAGCUCCGUGGAAAGGAAAAACCAAAGAAGGGCGAAGGAAAGAGAGCUCUCAAGAAGAAAUAGUGCCCCUUGGACAAUAUAACUGUGGAAACGCCUGUGACCCACAGUUUCUGUUUCCAGAUGGAGGGGGCUUAGCGUGUGAGCUUCAUUUGGAGCACAAGAACCACGCUGUGAAAUACUGGAGUCCACCUUGGGAGUGCAUUUGGGUCUUAGUGUUUUGCUGGGUGUUAUUAAUUCCUAUGUUUGAAAUAUUCUGGAUUCUGUAGCACAUUUGUUUAUCACGAGAGCCUUCCUGUACCCAAGUGGUAACAACAACAGUUGGAAAAGAAAAAAAAAGUCUCUGUGUUUUUCUUGGAUACAUCAGCAGCCAUAUUCCAGACCUUCUGGAUCUGGAAAAUGUCUCUUUUUUUUCCUCUUUUACUUUCUUGCAUUGCUAUCAAUGGUGUUUUGCAUUUGACCACAAAAAGAAAAGGCACUUCCUACUUCUGCUGCUUAUUAUCUUGUCUAUUAGGUGGAGUUUUGUUCCACGUAGCUUUAACAUUGACUAUCUUUUUAAAGUUGCUGUUAAAAUCUGUAUUUCUGCACUGGAUAAUCCUUGAUGUUCCAUUGACUGCCUGCAGCACUCUCACUGUACCUUGAAUAUUUAGAUACUGCCAUAGAAGCAACUGAAAAAUGAGGGCUGAAGCUGCUUUCAGGACCCUCUACUGAUUAAAAUACAUUAUUUAAACAUAAUGUAGUAAAAGGAUUUUGAAUAGAGCCCAGUUGCCUAGAGGGCUCGUGAAGAGCUUGAAAAGGUACAAAACAAUUUUAUAGAUAUGCACUAAGUGUUUUUUAUAGCUAUGCUCCUCCAGUGUUGUUAAUAUCAAUAAUUACAUGUAUAUACCAUUUUUACCUGUCACUCACUGUCAAGGUGCAUGAAGUAUAGAAUGUAACUCUGCUGCUUUGUCUGGCCACAAAUGCAUCCUGUCUGGAAGUGCCUUGAAACUACAUCUUUAAUUUCCAGGCCCCAGAAACCUAGAGGAGCAGCCCUGAGCUUCUGAAGGGUUGCUAUUCAAACCUUAGAAUGACUGGGGCAGGAAGUGUUGCACAGUAAACUUGGGGUGUGCUCCAUUUUUGCAUACGGAGACAUUCUAAAGUAGGUAACUACUAACCCGGGGCCACUUCUAAACCAAGCUUGUUGAAAUGUGUUUUUAGAGGGACUUGUCUGAUGGGUGAAAUUGAUGGAUCUACAUAAAUUUGUAACAGCUUCACAUUUGUACUUCACCAAGGUUAAGAAUUCAACUAAUGCCAAUUGCAUUAAAGGUCGUACUUGGCGAUGCUGUGGGGUCAAAUUAACUGUGGCAGCUGCGGACUGCUGGUGCCUGUAGUAGCAGCAGCUCCGUCAGCCAGGACUUGGCAUCUUCAGAAAUAAAACUGAAAAUCAAAUGUUUUCUUCUGCAUUUUAAAGGGGAAAAUGUCAACAACAACUUUGUAUUCCUGUGAAUGUACAAUUACACACAAUGAAGCGUGCACACAGCAAAAAUUGAUUGUAUUCUUGCUCUAGUAAAGUAUACACAAUCUUAAA